UUUUCAAAACAAACCCUAUUCCGAUUCAAUUCCUCCAUACUUACUCUUCUUCUUCUUCCUCCUCAAACAAACCCUAUUUUUAUGGAGAUUCUCACCCAACCAACCAUUCCCAAAUCCCCAAUUUCUGAUCAACAGCUUCAAAUUUGCGGCUCCGGCGACGCCCAAACGGCGGCGACCCCAAUUCCAGAACUUGAUGAGAAGUUGGAAAGUUCAAAACCUGAGUGUAAAACUCCAACCCCAGAAGAGAAAACAGAGGAAAAACAGAGGAUUUUGGUUCUUGAAAAUGGGUCCAUAGAUCGAUCCACGGUGCCGAAGAGCCCUGGAAAGCUGAAUUUGGAGUGCAAAACUCCAAGCCCAGAUGAGAAAACAGAGGAAAAACGGAGGAUUUUGGUUUCAAAAAAUGGGUCCAUGGAUCGAUCGAAGGUGCCAAAGAGCCCAGCAAAGAUGAAUUUGGAGUGUAAAACUCCGACCCAAAGGGUGAAAAUUGGAGGCAUUGAGUUCCCUAAAAAUGGUACUCCUAAUCGCCUCAAACUCCCCAUUGCAUUCAAAUACCCUGAAAGGUAUACAAGUCCCACUGAUUUGAUGAUCUCUCCCAUCAGCAAAGGCAUCCUUGCCAGAACCAGGAAAGGAGCUGUUCCUUCCAAGAUGCAUGAGUUGAGAAAUCCAGAGAUAAGUCUUCUAUAUCAAAGCUGAACAAAGGGUUAUAAAACUUUCAAGCAUUCUAUUCCUUUUCCUCUUCAAGAAUUUGCCUCACUCAGAUUGUGAUGCAAAAAUCAGUUCUACUUCUUAGAAGCUUCUAUUUCCAUGGCCUUUUAAUCUUCAUUGGUUUGUUUAUAUUUAUUUCAAUCUGCAGUUGUGAAUCAU